CACUUGAUGGGAGGCGGUAGGCCGCCAUGCCCGCGGGUGUGCCCUGGUCCACUUACCUGAAGACGCUGGCUGCCAGCAUGCUGGCCAUGUUCGCAGGAGCCGAGGUGGUGCACCGGUACUACCGGCCUGACCUCAGUAUACCUGAAAUACCUCCUAAGCCUGGAGAGCUGAGAACAGAGCUGCUGGGUCUGAAAGCAAGGUCAAAACAAGCUGAAACAUCACAGCAUUGACUGCAGUUUGCUUUUUGCGUUUUGAGAACUACUUAGGUUGCUCCAAAAGUAAUGCUUAUUUAUUUCCAUGGAAACAAUAACUGAUACAAAAAACACUUUAAGAGUAUGUGAGCAAAUUCCAAGCUACAGAAAUGUCUCUCCACAUAGUUGCCACCAUUAGUCAAUUUGUGUGCAUUAACGGAUGGAGGCACUCUUCAUUUCAUGGUGUAACAGUUGUGCGUGGCCAUUGGGAAUGCAGCUUGUCGUUCAUGUUGCCAUUGCUACUGCUGAAACACAGCACCCACUGCCUCACUGUGCUGACAUCCACUGGUUGGUCUCCUUAACAAGCAUUGAU